GCAUUCUGCUUGCAUUGAUUAGCACCGGCACACACACACUCACACACAUACAGACAGUUCACUGAGGCAGCUCCGCCUCCUCUGCAGUGUAGCGACAGCUAGAGAGGGCAGCAAUGGAGGAGCCAGCAGUGCAGCCGGAAAAAAUAGAGGGAUCAUGGGAAGCAGGGCAUGAUGGAGGGAAGGCAGGCUGGAAAAACGAGUGCUCUCUCUCCUCUCUCCUUAAACAUUCCUGUCUUCUUUGCUGGUCAUCUCCCAGGGACUGUGACAUUGUGGAAACGGAUGAGAGAGUCCUCGCUAAGACAGCCGAGAUCAGAGUAAGAAGACCGCAGCACCUUGCUCUGGACCUGGAGAAUGCAGUAGCAGUGGAGAACAUAGAACUUCAGGAGCAGCAGUCUGACCGCAAGGAGCUGGAGGAGACCUUGGUGAAACUAGAGACACACAAGGAGAAGCUAGUGCAGCAAAUUAAAGCUACUAGACAGCUCUGCUAUGAAGAAAGUCAACAGAUUUUAUCUCUGCAAGCAGAGGAGGCACAGAAGGAGAGCCAGGUGGAGGAGUAUGAGAGAGAACUUGCCAGAGCCAGAUGGAGGCUGAAGAAGCUCCGAGAGGAGGUGAAACAGGCCAAGACAAAGGUGGAAGAGGCUGGGGAACGGAAUAUGCCUCUGCAAGACUCUAUUAGGCAGUCCUAUGAAGAGAUUCUGCAGGAGGAGCACACUCUGUGUUCAAUGUCAGGAGGUGCAGUCACUCCAGAAAGCCAGCUGGAGGACUCAACCUCUCCUGCAGAUACCACUGAAGAUGAUCUGCUUCCUAUGAGGCCCUGGGGAAGGAGCCAAUCACUGCCCGCCUACGCUGACCUUAUCAUGGGGGGCAGUGGUGCAUCUUUCUGCAAUAAUCUAGCAAGUACCAGAGAAGACAAUGACAGUGGGACCAGCUCACCAAAGAUGGACAGAUCUGAUAUAGAGGACGACCCAGAGGAAGGUGAGGUCAACAAUGAAGGGGUCAUAAAGACGGAGCAAGAGGGGUCCACUGUUGACCCACACCUGGUCAGCCAAUUGGAUUUCUACCAAGCUGACCCCUUUGCCCAUUGUCGGAAUGAUGAUGACCUCUUCAAUGAAGACCUGUUCCCUAAAACAGACUCUUCUGAUGGAUUUCCUUCAGACCCUUUCAAAGGCAGCAACCCCUUUGCAGCAAAUAUUUUAUUUUCAGAGGUGAAUGCCAGCACUGAUGAGGGUAGAGGCAAUAUUGGAGAUGAAGCAGAUACUAGUCUGUCCUGUGCUGAAAACAAAGCCUCAACAGGAACUCAGUGCUUUGAGUCAGAAUUCCCAGAUGAAGACAGUGACAUAGAGAUCAGCUACAGCCAAGAGGACUUGGAUGCCACUGCGGUGGGAGAUAAUUGCCGUGGAUUUAAACCCAUUCAGAGCUCGUCAGAAGAGCUUGGGCCUGAGCCAAUCAAGGGUUGGCAGACCCAGGGCCAGUAUUCUGUCGAAUCAGACCCUAAUGGGUAUGAGCUAGACUUAGGUGCUGUCUCCCCACCUUCUGACAUAGAAGAACACUGUCAGAGGUCUCUUGAUUGCGAGGCUACCACUGAGGCAACAUCGGUACUAGAACAAGGUCUCAACUCUGCCUCAGCUCAGGUUGUCACUGAACAUGGUGAACUUUUGGAACCAGACUGGACAGGCAACAUAGAGCCAACUCUGCUACUUGAUACAAUUUCCAGUAAGGUGAUAGAAUGGGUUGGCAACAGUGAAAAGGAACAUCGAAAUCCUGCGUCUCCACAGAUCUCAUUAGAUUCCAAUAACAUUUUCAUUCAACCUGACUCAGAUCGAAAUAGCUUUGAAAUGAGCUAUGAACCAACCAGUCAAUCUUCUUUUGACCCUUACGGCUUUAAACUCAGUCCAGAGCAUUCUAAUCACACUCUAUUAGAUCCUGAUGAAGCUGAAUUGAGCCCAGACUCUGCUGAAAAAGAUCUUCCUUUUGACCCUGAACCCCCCUCUACUCAAGCAGACCCAAUCAACUUUGAUCCUUUUGGUUAUGAUGUCACUUCCUCUCAGAUCUUACAGGACUCUGACCCUUAUGGUUUUAAGCUCAGCUCGGAGGAGGAAAACCAGGAGGUAUUGGACCUCUGUGGUGAUGAUAACCCAGAGGCAAUGGACCUUUGCACCUAUGACAACAAUGAGCAAAUAGAAUCCACUAACCAGGUGGUAUUGAAACCUGAAACCUAUGAAAACCAAGAAGUUAUUGGACAUUGUAGCCACAAUAACGAGGAACUGUUAGAUUUUUUUAACAACGAAAAAGACAAGCUGGAACCAUCAAGACUUGCUUAUGCGGCAUUAGAUUUUAAUGAUAACCAGAAACUCCAGGAUCUCUGCAGGCAUGACAACCAAGAGGUGGUGGAACCCUAUAGCAAUAGCAAUGAGAAACUACUUGAACCAUGCAACUAUGAUAACCAAGAAGUAGUGGAACCUUGUAGCCCUGGCAAUCAGGAACAUCUGGAUUUCCUUAAUCCUGAAAAUCAGGAAGUGCUAGAUUUAGAUAUCCAUGGCAACCAAGAACUACUAGAUUGUGGCAGCAAAGAAAAUCAAGAAGUGCUGAUUUCAGGUAGCCACGGUAACAGGGAACCCCUAGAUAUAAGUGGCAAUGAAAAUCAGGAAUUGCUAGACUAUGGCAACCAGGAGGUGCUAGACUUGAGUCAGGAUGUUUUCCCUGAAGCAAGCAAUAAUCGAUGCAUUGUGGAACCCCAACACAAUGUCAGUUUCACCAAUACCAGCUCAGACAGUGAUGUGGCAUCAGAAGAUCUGCUGGGAUUGGAAUUCGGUAACACCAGUAUCUGCACUGCCAACACCACAAAAGCUAACACAGCUGGUACUCUCAACAUGGUCAUUAGCAACAAGUCUGCCAACCUAGACCUCGCUGCAUCCACUGUGCCAAACUGUCACAACUUGUUACAAGGUGAUCUGGGUUCAGUGUUUGGGACUGGAGGUUACAUUGGUUGUCCAGAUGUUGCGGAUGACCUAGAGCUACUGGAUAGAAGGCAGGCAAAGCCUGUAGCAGAGCCAGAACAACAGGUCAGACCAGUUAGACCUCCUCGGCCAUCUCUCAGGGCCAAGGAAAAGGCUCAGAUCCAAACUCAGGACAUUGACCUGAAGUGAUCUCUCACCAAGCAACGCUGAUGGAGGCAGAGUUUCUCUGACAAUGACAGGAGUGCAGGAGGUGGAGCAGAUGGGAGAUGCAGUAAGAGGAUGGGCAAUAAAGUGGAGACAAAUUGGAAUAGACUAAAAUGGAAGGAUGAUCAACAGAGACUACUGUGUGUGUUUAUAUGCCAUUGAAUUAGUCCAUUUAAGUCAGAAAGGCAAGAUGUAAAACCUGCCAAGUUACAUGAGUUGAGCUGACUGAUAGUUAUUGUGUUUUUAUCUUAGAUGACUGAUGACUGAUGUAACUGGUCUAUAGUCUGAAUCCCUAAUUUUGAUCUAAGAUAAAUGUUGGUCAUUGUCACAUGUGUAAGUGCAUUGUCACCUAGAUAAAAUGUGUGUGUGUAUAUUAUAUAUAUAUGAGAUUGGUCCGAUAGUAUACUGUGUACAUAUCCAUACCAUCCCUUUGGUAUCAUGCCAACUGUUUACACUUACCAGGUUUUUGAAGUCCAUGUGUUCUGAGCUAAUCGUAUCAAAGUAAAAGUCUUAUUUACUACCCCACCAAAUUUGAAUGAUAUGAAAUUGUUAGGUUUAAGAAACUAUGUACAAAUUGUGUAAAGUAAUAUUUGCUGCAUAGGCUGAAGACUGUGUAACCAUUCUCAGUCAUGCAUCCUCUCUGAACUGCCUCUGUUUUGGUUUAUGAAAACAUAUUAUAUAAUAACAGUAACAAUAACAUUUCUUGCCUAAUGAAUCAAACGGUCUGAUGCAUAUAAGCUAAUGUACUGUGCCUCCUGACCAAUGACACCAUGGUAAUAACGCCCACCAGACCACAGACUGCAAGCUUUCCAAUUACUUUUAACCCACCCCUUUUACCAUUUAUGGGGGAUUACUUCUAACGCAAGUGUCCUGGUUGCACAGACAAACUCUAAUUUCACUCUCUGACUUAACAAACAGCAGAUGUUUUUUAUAGUUUAGUAGUGCUUUUAAACAGUAAACUUAAAAUCUUUCCCACCACUGGACAAUGAGAUGAGAUCCACCUAUUCCUGUGGUUUCUGCUAGGAUUCUACGUUCACUUUUCACCAUUAGUCAAAUUAACUGUACUAACUGGGAAAACAGAUCUGAAUUGGUUUUAAGUUAACUAAAGAUUUUAGAUACAGAAUAUUUAUGUUCCGUUGUGCCGAUGCUGUCAAAGUUUUUACACAAUCUUUAAAAUCUGCCCAUCAGUGUGGGUGGAAAAAUUGAUAAUUAUAACAUUACAUGCUGAACAGAAAUAAUCAUGUGAGCCCAUCACUUUUACAACUUCCUGGAAAGGAGAUUUCCCUGAGUCCGUGUUUGUUAUUACCCACAAACCUGAUACACAUAAUAUUCCUUGGCAUACUGUAAAAGAUUAUUGGUUAGCAGUGUAUUUUCCUAUGGAUGCUCAGGGAACUAGGUCAAUUUAACAUGCAUGAACACUAGCUAAAGUUGCAUGAAUUAUUCUGUGAGUUGUAACUCCUACACACUGUUAUAGUAACUGCAGUUUUAUCAGAGACAUAUAUUCUUUAUUUAUACUGGAUUAAAUGUACUCAAUGAACUCACACUCAGUGACAGACAUGUACUCCCAAUGAAUGCACCACAUGACCGUGGGUAGAAUAAUUUUCAGCAAGGCUGACUGUCCUUUCAACUAGAUUUGGCCCCACUCAACAGCAAAUUUAGGUGGAGAAUCCACAAACUAUCUGAGAGUAUGUAAAUCAGCUCCACCUUUUCCAAUGUGACAAACACAUGUCAGCCAUCUCAUCAUAGUCCUUUAUUUUGCUCUUCUGAUGGUUUCUGUCCUCUUUUUUCUGAGAGUAGGCUUCCAUGUGUUGAAACGACAUCCUCCUGAAUUUGGACUGAAGUCUUCAAACUUUAAUGUUGUCUUCAACAGAAACAACAGCAAAAAAAAAAAAAAAAAAAAAACAACUGAAAGACAAAAGCAAAAUGAAAGACACCUCCUUGAAAAAAUAACAACACAUUUCUCAGUGAGAUGAUGGUCAGUUGGUACCAGAGACUGACAACAGUUUUUUCUCCAAUUAUUAUAUUAUCUAAUUGUGUGUUCCCACUUGGUGUCAGCUUCCUCUUGUGUCAGUGUGCAGUUAUACUGCAAGAUUUAAUGCAAAUUCGUGUACAAAUGUACAUAUUCACACAUAUAAACCUCAUUUAUAAGUUUCUAAGAGGCUUCAGUGAGACAGAUCUUAAGCUAUGCUGGCUACACUAAAGGCCAACUACUGUUGUCUUUAACUGCUGUUGCUUGACAAUGAGCUGCUAAUAGUAUUUUCUCAUGUGUCAACAUAUUAUAGAUAUUUCAUAGGAAUACUGUAUUUAUUUAUUGUGUAUAUGGUGUUUAAAGUACCGCCCCUCACAAAGUCAUGUCCAGUUAAAAGCUGAAUAAUACUUGUACUGGCUUGUAUUUCUUACGGAAAUAUAUCAUUAAAUAUACAUGGUGGACAUGGAUUUUAAUUUCAAUGCUGGAUAUACGGAUUACCAAUCCACUGCAUCUUUAAAUGUUCAGUGGAGAAAUGAUAUAGAUUAAAAAUACACAUAAAUAUACACUUUAUACCCAAUAGAAUUAUACAAACAUAAAGUAAAAAUCCAAUUUGCAAUGAAGCAGUCCUGCUUCACGGCAAAACCUCAUACAACUGCAGCAGUUACUCAGGAUAUAGCUGCCCAGUGUAAUCUCUGCAGUUGUAUGUGGUGUACAUAUGGUAAAACAAGUGGACACUGGUGGAUAAUUACAUUACAUUCCCUCACAAUAUAUGACCCACCUCUAUAAUGUAAUAUAUAUAAAAUACAAAACACCAUGGAGCAUGUGUCCCAAUCUGACUUAGACAGACUUUAAUGAUCCACGAGGGGGAUUACUUUGUCACCGUAGCUUUGUUGCAAAUGAAAGUAAACACUCAUAAAACCACAAGAAAGAUAAAAUAAAAUGAAUGUGUUCAUGUUCAAAGUAAAAGUUUAAAGUCUGAUUCACGGUUUCCAAAACUGCAACUAAUAAGAUAAAAUAAUGAAAUAAAAAUGAAUCCCAAUGAAGUACUGUUAGUAGUUAGUAUUCCUGUAAAGUUGUGGGGGAACAUGAUCAUAGUUUCCAAUAUUUUAGAAACACACAGAAGAAUACUGAUGUAGCCUACUGCCUCCCUGACUGACUUGCCCACUGCGAUCCAGAGUCAUAUGGAGUUAGUUGUUUGUGUUCAAUAAGAGUUGAAUAGUUUUUGUGAUGCAGUUCAAGAGAAGUACUGUACUAGACAACACCACAAAACCAGGCAAUUCAUUUUGUCCUUGUUGAACAGAUUUUAACAUUUAUUCUUCCUUUUCAGGUUGUUCUAUUUAAAAUGUACUCAUUCACUAUUAAACAUCCAUUAGUGACGAUGACCAAAUACUGUCACUUUACAAAUGUUUGUAAAGUUCAUCUUUCAGUCACAGUCAGUGCUGUCAAAUCUUUCUUUGUGAUAAAAUCUCUGCAGGUGGACCUGUCACUUCGUAUUCUAAGGAGAAACAUAAAUGCAUGUUCCUGCUUUAUUCAUUCCACAUUCAAAUACCCAGUCAACAUCUAUUUUCAUCAGAAAGGGAAUUUCAUAAAUAGAUUCACAAAUAUGUCUCAGUUUCCUAUUACAAAAACAUUUCAGUUGACAUCUGCAAGUCUCAAGAUGAAAAUAUGUCACUGUAUAUGUAUAUAGUGUAAAGGACAACAAACAUCAUAUUCCAUGCACUGUAAAAUGGAUGAGGUUAGCAAUCAGCACUAUUAUUUACACAGCUGUUAAAAUUAUUUUUUUUACUAACACAUUUAUUUUUGUAUUUAUUUACAAGCUGUAAACCUUUUUUCUUUCUUUUCUUUUCUUUUUUUUUUUUUUUUGCAGUGUGUCUGUUUCCUACCAUACAGACUUAUGCAUUUUAAAUGUUGUGGUUGAGUGAAACCACAUUCAGAUAACUUCUGUGUUUUGCCAAGGGGUAGCUAUGGCAAACUGUGAUGAUCAUCAUAUGUAACAUGCGUCUUGAUGUUUAAAUGUGACGUUCUGUGAUGAAAGAACCAAGAAAUUAAAAGCAUCUAUAAUUCA